GCUCUCCCUUCCUCUGCUUACGAAUAAAAUGAAAGAAAGCGGACGCACCACAGAGCUCAUCUACCGAGCAAUGGCCUUGCGAGCUUGCUCCGGCUGCGGAAAAAUGAUCAGUGUUACGGACAGCUAUCGACUGAAAGUUCUAGCGGUCUGAUGUUGGAUACAAUCAUGCCAUCGGCUUCAACAUUUCCCAACAUCAUUUACUCUAUCUCGCGUUCUCGACCUGGAGCAUGAUCUGUCAAAAAUAUCUUAAGAAAUCUUACAGCACGUAUUUAUAUUUUUAUUUAUGUGUUUAUUUUCUUCUUCUCCCAUCUCUCCUUUCAAGAUUCGGAGUGAACAUAUUUAUUUGGGAAUGGCUGAAGGCAGCCUGGUUUCUACUUUUCUUUUUCCCCCUUUUUCCCUCUUACAUUUUCCUUUUUACUCGUGUCUUCCUUUUCGUUUGUUCGUUCUUACUUCUUUAUUUCUUUCUCUUUAUGUUUGUCAUUUAUCGCAUUCCUCAGCUUCCCCACCUACAACAUUGCUCUACCUUAAGCUUUAUACUCACUUGGCUCUUUUCCCGAUUUUCUUUCACAUUGUCUGGCUCCUUACCUCGUACUGGCUUAUCUCGCGGCGUUUCUUUGUCACGGGCGUUACAGUAUAUGCACAUAAGUUUACAUAAAAUAAUUUGCUAUGAAAAAUAAAUUUCUGCUAAAACCUUAAGCCAUAAUAGUGAUAG